AUGGCCGAAGCAAAUCCCGUUUAUGGACCUUUCUUUGGAGUUAUGGGGGCGGCGUCAGCUAUUAUCUUUAGCGCGCUGGGAGCUGCAUAUGGAACAGCCAAGUCAGGCACGGGUAUUGCCGCCAUGUCGGUGAUGAGGCCCGAGCUUAUCAUGAAGUCCAUCAUUCCCGUUGUCAUGGCGGGUAUUAUCGCCAUUUACGGUUUGGUCGUGGCUGUGCUGAUUGCUGGUUCCUUGGAAUCAUCAGCAACUUACUCCCUCUUCAGAGGUUUCAUCCACUUGGGCGCGGGUCUCGCUGUCGGUUUCUCAGGUCUAGCUGCCGGUUUCGCCAUAGGCAUAGUGGGUGAUGCUGGCGUGCGUGGUACAGCCCAACAACCUAGAUUAUUCGUCGGUAUGAUCCUUAUCCUCAUUUUCGCUGAGGUAUUGGGUCUUUACGGACUUAUCGUCGCCAUCUAUCUUUACACGAAGCAAUAA